GACGCAGAGAUACCAGGAGAAAAAAAAAAGAUAAAUAAAAAAAUCCAAAAAUCUUCUCUCCUUAUCGAACUUCAAGAAACUUCCAGGAUCUGGUGAAUACCCAUGGAAGAAGGAGACGCUUUCAAUUGCUGCUUCAGCGAAAUUAAUAGUGGCAUGUCCAUGAAUAAGAAUAAGAAGAAGAUGAAGAAGAGCAAUAAUCAGAAGAGGUUUAGUGAGGAACAGAUCAAGUCACUUGAGAUUAUAUUCGAGUCCGAGACGAGGCUUGAGCCGAGAAAGAAGGUGCAGGUAGCUCGAGAACUAGGGCUGCAACCAAGACAAGUGGCUAUAUGGUUUCAGAACAAGAGAGCUCGUUGGAAGACUAAGCAGCUUGAGAAAGAGUAUAACAUUCUUAGAGCCAACUACAAUAAUUUGGCAUCACAAUUUGACAUCAUGAAGAAAGAAAAGCAAGCUCUGGUCUCCGAGUUGCAGAGACUAAAUGAAGAGAUGCAUAAGUCAAAAGAAGAAAGACGUGAUGAGUAUUGUGGUGAACAAAGAGUGGCUCUUAGCAGUACCACAAGGUCAGAAAAUGGAAAGUGUGAGCCAGAAGUUAGGAUAAAUCAAGGGAUUGUUCUGUGUAAUGAUGACAUUAAGACAGAGUAUUUUGGAUUUGAGGAGUCUAAGCAUGAGCUCAUGAACAUUGUGGAGCAAGCUGAUGAUAGUUGCUUGACUUCAUCUGAUAACUGGGGAGGCUUCAACUCUGAUUCUAUCUUAGACCAAUCUAGCAAUUACCCUUGGUGGGACUUUUGGUCAUGAACAACUAAGUGAAGAGAACGAGUGUGUAUAUACUUCUGUAGAAUGUGUUAAUAGAGCGUGUUAAGAUAAAUAAUAAUUUUUCUUUUUGCAU